AUGUCUAAAGAAUAUAAAAAACCUGAAAAAUACGUACCGGGUCCAAAUGAUUUGGCCCUACCUCCACAAUUAUCUGAAUUCAAAAAUAAAACCACAGAUGAAGUUCUCGAAGAAUUGAAUAGAAUGCCAUUUUUCAUGACUCAGUUAGACGAAUCUAAUGGUGAAGGUGGAGAGAAUACUGUCUUGGAAGCUUUGAAAGCUAUGGCUUAUGAAGGUGAACCUCAUGAAAUUGCCACAAAUUUUAAAAACCAAGGGAAUGAUCUAUAUAAAGUUAAAAGAUUCCAAGAUGCGAGAGAUAUGUAUGAUAAAGGUAUCGAUAUUAAAUGUGAUGAUAAAUCUGUCAACGAAUCAUUGUUUGCAAAUAAAGCAAUGUGUGAAUUGGAAUUGAAAAAUUAUAGAAGUUGUGUUAAUAAUUGUAAGAAUGCUCUAGCUUUAAAUCCGAAGAAUAUUAAAUGUUAUUUCCGUAUGGGUAAGGCAUUUUUUGCUUUAGAUAAAUUAGAAGAAGCUAUGGAAGCAGUGCAAUUUGGUUUGAAAAUUGAUUUUGAAAAUAAGUCGUUACAAACUUUACUUGCUACAAUCUCCAAGAGAGAUCAAGAUCGUAGAGCAUACCAAGAGAAAAGACAACAAGAAGAACAAAGAAAAAAGGAUCUCCAAAGUUUCCUAUCAGAUGCAAUCUUAUUAAGAAAUGUGAAAAAUAUUACAACUAAUCAACACUCUGAAUUCUUAAAAGAAGCUACUGUCAAAUUAGAAAAUCCAAUGGAUUUUGAAUCACAAAUGAUAUAUCCAACAAUUAUAAUGUAUCCAACGACAAACGAGUUUGAUUUUAUUGCAGAGACUGGUGAACUAUCUACUAUCCAGGAAAUCAUCGAUAUGCUUAUGGAUAGACCUGCUGAGUGGUUUGAAGCUCCAGGUCAUGAGAACUUCGGUUCUAAGAAACUUCUUGCAUAUAUGGAAACUGAAUCCGGUGGACUAAUCAAAGCCGGUAAAAAGUUAACUAUCCAUGAUAUACUAAAGAAGGAUAGUCCCAAAGUUCCAGUUUUUGACAAUGCUCUAAAGGUUUAUUUAGUUCCAAAGAGUGAAAGUGAGCAAUGGAUUGCAAAAUGGGAUAAAGUAGAGGCAAUAAAGAGAAGAGUAUAG